AUGAAGGGAUUUGCUGGCAUCACUUCUCUGGCUUCAGCCUUGAGUCAUCAUUCUCAGGCAGCACCUGCUGGGUAUAACAACAAUUUGCUACCCAGGAACAGUGUUCAAGCAAAACCUGGUUCGUCAUCUUUUGACUAUGUCAUUGUUGGCGGUGGAACAGCGGGUCUCGCAAUAGCUGCAAGACUUUCGGAAGAUGGUUCGAAGAGCGUCGCAGUCAUCGAAGCCGGCACCUACUACGAAACUUUCGGCAACACCAGUGAGAUUCCUCUCUACAAUUCUGCCUGGACCGGCAAAGAUCCCACAGACACGAACCCCAACAUUGACUGGAACUUUGUCACGACACCCCAGAAGGGAGUGCUGAACGCAAAGAUACACUAUCCUCGUGGCAAAUGCUUGGGAGGCAGCAGUGCACGCAACUACAUGGGCUAUCUCAGGGGAACGAAGAACUCGUAUCAGCAAUGGGCCCAACUGGUCGGCGACAGCUCUUACACCUACGACAACUGGCUGCCUUACUUCGAAAAAAGUCUGAGCUUUACACCUUCAGACAUGACAAAACGUGCUCAGAAUGCUACUCCGCAAUACGACACUGGCAGUCUUGGGAAGGGUGGUCCACUCUCAAUCACUUUUCCCAACUAUGCCCAGGCUAUGUCUUCGUGGGUACAGAAAGGUAUGCAGGAGCUGGGUAUCGCAGCCAGUAACGGCAUCACCAGCGGAGUGCUCAUGGGCUCUUCUUAUGUCAUUGCGGCUCUUCAACUCAGCCAGAAGCGCGAGUCCUCUGAGACUGCCUUCUUGACCCCAGCAGCAAACAGAGCUAAUCUCAAGAUCUAUGACAACACUAUGGCGAAGAAGAUCGUCUUUUCUGGCAAGAAGGCAAAGGGCGUCGUCGCUUCCACAGCAGGUCAGCAAUACACCUUGUCGGCCAAACGCGAGGUGAUCCUCGCCGCCGGUGCGUUCCAAUUACCACAGUUGCUGAUGGUUUCGGGUGUUGGUCCUGCUGCAGCGCUGAAUAAGUACAACAUUCCCGUCAUCGCAGAUCGUUCUGGAGUGGGUCAGAACAUGCAAGACCACAUCUUGAUGGGCCCUAGCUACCGAGUGAAUGUCAUCACUGCCUCGGCCAUGGCAGAUCCUGCAUUCGCCGCUCAAGCCGCUAAUCUCUUCAUCAACAACCAAUCUGGCAUUCUGACGAGCCCUGUCGGUGACUUCGGCGGAUGGGAGAAGCUGCCUGCACGCCUAGGCAACGACUUGUCGCCAGCCACACAGUCGGCUCUCAACUCUCUUCCGCCAGACUGGCCCGAUAUUGAGUUUCUCAGCAUGGGCGGCUAUUUGGGAUACCAAGAGAACGGAAGCCAGCCUCUGGAUGGAUACAACUACGCCACUGUCGCCAUUGCUCUUCAAGCUCCACAGUCGCGUGGGUCAAUUAGUAUCAGUAGUGCGGAUACUAAUGACCCACCUGUCAUCGAUCCUGGAUGGUUGACUAGCCCGAUAGAUCAAGAAGUCGCGGUCGCUGGCUACAAACGAGUCCGCGAGAUUUUUGCUACCAAGGCCAUCGCUCCAGCUUUGAUUGGAGGCGAAGUCUUCCCCGGCUCUCAGGUAUCCUCAGAUGCCGACAUACUUGCGCUCAUCAAGAAAUCUGUCGGUUCAGUCUUCCAUGCGUCAUGCACAUGUGCGAUGGGUAAAGCUAGCGACAAGAAUGCUGUCGUCGAUUCGAAUGCCAACGUCAUUGGCGUCAAUGGAGUACGCGUUGUUGAUGCUAGUGCCUUCCCUUUCCUACCGCCAGGACAUCCGAUGGCCACGGUUUAUGCUUUGGCCGAGAAAAUUGCUGCUCAAAUUUUGAGUCAGUCCUGA